AUGCGCCUCUUGUUCGUCCUCGCCAUCGGCGGCGCGUGUGGGCUGGCCCCCGGGAACGUCACGGACGACGCCGCCGUGGUCUCGGAGCGCUGGUGGGGCGGCGACGACGCCACGGACGACGUCGUCGACGACGGCGCGCGGGAGCACUUCUGCCGGGGCUCGAAGAUCGCCCGCUACCGCGAGGAGACGAACUUGUCGUCGUCCUGCGCCGUCGUCGAGGCCUACUGCGGCGGCCGCGGCGAGGGCCUCUUCCAGUACAUGCACCUGCGCUACUGCGCGCUCGGCGCCGCGCCGGGCGCCGCGGCCGUCGCGCUCCUGGCGCUCUGGCUCCUGCUGCUCAUCUCGCUCCUCGCGACGACGGCGGACUGCUACUUCGUGCCCCAGCUCGAGGCGCUGAGCGGCUACCUGCAGCUCUCGCCGGAGGUCGCGGGCAUCACGCUGCUCGCGCUCGGCAACGGCGCGCCCGACGUCUUCGCGGCGCGCGCGGCGCUCUCCGGCGGCGCGAGCGACUUCCCGCUCAUGCUGAGCGACCUGUUGGGCGCGUCGGUGUUCAUUUCCACGGUCGUGCUCGGGUCCGUGCUGCUCGCCGCGGACCGCGCGCGCGCCGCGUGGCGCGUCGACCGGCGCGUGUUUCUCCGCGACGUCUGCGUCUACGUCGGCGCGGUGCUGUCCAUCUUCGCCGUCGCCUGCGACGGCACGGUGGAACUCUGGGAGGCGCUGCUCUUCCUCGUCAUCUACGCCGCGUACAUCGCCGUCGUCGUCGUCCAGUCGCGGGCGGCCGCGCCCGUCGCGCCGGACGCUCUUCCUCGUCAUCCUGCCGCCGCGGCCGCGCCCGCGCCGCUCGACGCGCCCCUGCUCCCCGUCGACGCCGCGGCGCCGCCCAAGGUCGCCGGCGCGCCCAUGGCGGGCCUCGACUGGGGCCUCGUGCGGGACGGACCCGCCUGGGCCCGGGUCCAGUUCGUCGCCGAGUACCCGUUCAGCGUCCUGCGGUGGCUGUCGAUCCCCGGGAGCGACGGCGCCUGGGACCGGCGGCGCCGCGUCUUCACGGCCAUGGCGCCGCCGUUCCUGGGGCUCGUGGUGACCCUCGAUAGCCCCUGGGCCGACGGCAACGGCUUCGACUACGCGUUCUCGGGCGGCGCCGCGGCGCCCGCUCUGGUCGCGGCCGCGGUCGGCGCGGCCGCGUCCGCCGCCGUCUGGCUCACGACGGACGACGGCGCGCCGCCGCGCUACUACGUCCUCGUCGUCCUCGCGGCCUUCGCGUGCACGAUCACGUGGCUCGACCUCGUCGCGUCGGAGCUCGUCGCCGUCAUCGAGGCGCUCGGGCGGAUACUAGGGGUGUCGACGUCGAUCCUCGGCCUCACGGUCAUCGCCAUGGGCAACAGCGUCGGGGACCUCGUCGCGGACACGGCGACGGCGACGCACCUCUCGCCGCAGAUGGCCGUCGCGAGCUGCUUCGGGAGCCCCCUGCUCAACGACAUCCUCGGCGUCGGCGUCGCGACGACGGCCUACGCGGCCAAGCACGACGCGCUCGCGUCGCCGCUCAACGCGCAGGACCGCGUCGCCUACGCGUUCCUCCUCGCGUCGCUCCUCUCGUCGCUCGCCGCGUUCCCGGCGCUCGGCUUCUUCGCCGAGGAGAAGAGCGCCGCGCGCGGCCGCUACCCCUACGCGCUCUUCGGCCUCUACGGCGCCUUCGCGCUCGUGUCCUGCCUCGUCGAGCUCGACGUCAUCCCCCAGGACCGCAUCUGCGCCCUCGGCAACGGCGGCUCCUGCCUCCGGACGUCGUCGUAA